AUGGCCUCGCCGGCGCCGGUUCCGGCCUCGCCGGGGUCCUCCUCUCAGGAGAAAAAACGAGGUGCAACGGAAUCAAUUGGCCUGUAUGCUGUCCAGUGUUGUGAAUGUCAUAAAUGGCGUACAGUUUCAACGAAAGAUGAAUUUGAGACAAUUCGUGAGAACUUCACUGAAGACCCAUGGUUCUGCAGUAAAAGACCUGAGUGCUCGUGUGAAGACCCUCCAGACAUUGAGUAUGACAGCAGCCGCAUAUGGGUCAUCGACAAGCCCAACAUACCAAAGCCUCCGCCCAAGACCGAGAGACUUGUGAUCAUGAGAGGUGAUCUGUCUAAAAUGGACAUCUACUAUGUCCUGCCAAACGGGAAGCGUGCAAGGGGCAUCGGGGACGUGCAGAAGUUCCUUGACACAAACCCAGAGUACAAGGACCGCAUAUCAGCUGAAAGCUUCAGUUUUACGGUGCCCAAGAUUGUUGAGGAGACCGUUUCACAGAGCUCUUUGUGGAAGACUAAAAAGGCUAAAAAGCAGGACAAGAUAAAUGCUUCAAGCAGCAAGAAGGACAAGGCAAAUGCUUCAAGCAGUGAGAACUAG